AGGUAGUGCCGUCGCAGUGGCCGAGCAUCGCCGCCGCGGUGGAGGCAGCCGAGGAGGGGGCGCUGAUCCAAGUGCAGCCCAAUCAUGUGGAGCAGCUUCUGCAGCCGCUGAUCCUGGACAAGAACAUCUGCCUGGCCGGGCCGGCGGACAACUCCGCGCUCAUCCAGGGCGAGGGCCUCAUCGUGGCGGGGGGCAAGUCGCUGAGCUCCGUGGUGCUCAGCCGGCUCCGCUUCCAAAUCACCGGGGGCCCCGCGCUGCUGUUGGCCGGCGGCUGCUCCGUGGAGCGCUGCGAGGUUGAGUGUGCUGGCGGCGUGGGCGUCGAGGUGGCCGCGCACAGCGAGGUGCGGAUCCUGCGGAGCGUGGUGCGGGACUGCCAGGUGGGCAUCUCUCUGGCAGGGGGUGCUGCCUCUGCUCUGCUGGAGGGCACCCACAUCGAGCGCUGCGCGUGCGGCCUGGCGCUCACCGGCCUUGACGUGGAGGAAGGCUGGGGCGACGUGUUGGCGCCCCUGAGCGGCGCUUCGCUGACCCUCAACGAGGCCGAUCUGCGCUUGCGGGCCUGGAGCGUGCGAGAGAAGGGCGGCGUCAUGCGCCAUGCGCCGCUGGGUGAGGAGAUCUCCCUUUGUGGCUGGCCCUACGAGCAGUGCAAUGUGGUGGUGCCGACGGACCGGGGACCUGUGGUCUUGCACAUCAACGGGGGCAAGGUCAAUGCCACCCUCUGGGAUGAUGAGGAUGAGGGCACCGCUGAGAGCGAAGGUGAUGCUCAAGACUCCUCCUUCCACGAGGUUGACCUCUCAAAAGCCUAGCAGCCGCAGGGCGGCGGCCGCGCGCUCGUCUGGGAGAAGAAUGUGGAGAUGUGCGCAAAGAAGCCGAAACAAUUAUGGAGCUUCAAUGGCUGUGCCGAGGAAGCUGUCGAGGACCCGGCAACGCGCAAAGCCGCAGUUGGCCGCAGGCCGAGGUGCGCGAGUCGGACAGAG